AAUAUCAUUCACGGGUCAAAAACAAAAAGACUCGAAAUUGAAGAGACAAGAUUUUCCAUUUUUUUAUUUUCUCACAUUCACAAAACUAGAAUAAAUUUUCAACUGUUUCCACCUGCACAGCUGCACUGCACGUCCACCACACUACAACUUCCUUUUUUCCAAUAUUUAUUACGGCCAAAUCGCAGUCAAGAAUAUCUAUCUGCUCGAUCCAAGAUAGGGAUGCGGAAUGUCAUUCACUUUUUUCCUUGAAUAAUUCGAGAUUCAAUAAAAGAAAGAGUAGUAGAUUGCUAGUUCAAUUUUGCUAAUCUGAAGUCGGAGCAGCAAUGCUGGAGAUUCGGGUGCUCUUAGUUUUAGUUGCCUUAUUAUUUGCUCCGGAACCUUCUCUUGCUCGAGCACCAUAUGCAUUGCGAAUAAGCUGUGGAGCUCGUGCUGAUGUUCAUACUUCUCCAACAAAUACUCUUUGGUACAAGGAUUUUGCUUACACUGGAGGCAUUCCUGCUAAUGCGACCCUCCCCAGUUUCAUCUCUCCUCCACUAGAGACUCUCCGAUAUUUUCCUUUGUCUGAGGGGCCUGAAAACUGCUACAACAUAAAGAAUGUUCCCCGUGGCCAUUAUCUCGUAAGGAUCUUCUUUGGAUUGCUUGCAGAACCUAGCUUUGACAAUGAACCUUUGUUCGAUGUGUCAAUUGAAGGAACCUUGAUUUAUUCACUUCCAUCUGGUUGGAGCAACCAUGAUGAUGAGCGCGCAUUUGUUGAAGGCCUCAUUUUUCUAAAAGAUGGAACAUCAUCUCUUUGCUUCCAUAGCACUGGACAUGGAGAUCCAGCUAUACUUUCCAUUGAAAUUCUUCAGAUUGAUAAUAGGGCUUAUUAUUUUGGCAAUGGGUAUGGUCAAGGAACUAUUCUCAGAACCGACAGGCGACUUAAUUGUGGUGCUGAGAAACCAAAGUUUGGUGCUGAUUAUAGUGCAGACCGCUGGGGUGGGGAUCGAUUCUGGAAUUACCUCCCCACGUUUGGCGAGAAUUCUGAUAAGGUCAUAUCUACUCAGAAAAGCAUCAAGCAGACCUCACAAUCGCCCAACUUUUAUCCAGAAGCUCUCUAUCAAACCGCUCUUAUUAGUACUGAUACUCAACCUGACUUAAUAUACACAAUGGAGGUUGAACCUGCUAGAAAUUUCUCCCUUUGGUUGCACUUUGCUGAAAUAGAUCCUUCGGUCACUGAAGCGGGCCAGAGGGUGUUUGAUGUCCUGAUCAAUGGCGAUAUUCAAUUUCGAGAUGUUGACAUUGUUAGUAUGUCUGGGGGCGUCAACAGUGCGCUUGUAUUGAACACAACAUAUGCUGUCAGUGGGAGGAGUUUGACCAUAACUUUGCAUCCUACAAAAGGAAAUCAUGCUUUAAUCAGUGCUAUAGAGCUUUUGGAGCUUGUUUUAGCUGAAUCCAAAACGCUGCCGGCUGAGAUUGAGGCUUUGCAAAAGUUGAAGGGCGCUCUUGGUCUUCCUCUCCGCUUAGGGUGGAAUGGUGAUCCUUGUGUUCCUGAACAGCAUCCAUGGAGUGGAGUAGACUGUCAGUAUAACAGAAGUAUUAGUAAACACGUUAUUGAUGGACUAGGUCUUGACAACCAGGGUCUCAGAGGUUUCUUACCAAAUGAUAUAUCUCAGCUUCAUCAUCUCCAGAGCAUAAAUUUAAGUGGGAACAGCAUUUCUGGGGGCAUUCCGUCUUCACUUGGAUCAAUUCCUAGCCUGGAGACUCUGGAUUUGUCGUUCAACUCUUUCAAUGGAUCCAUUCCUGAAAGUCUUGGACAGCUAACCUCAUUACGGAUACUCGACCUUAACGGAAACUCUUUAUCAGGAAGAGUUCCAGCUGCACUCGGGGGAAGGCUCUUGCAUGGAGCUAGCUUCAACUUUACUGAUAACUCAGGCCUUUGUGGCAUCCCUGGAUUAGCAACUUGCGGGACACAUCUUUCCACUGGUGCUAAAAUUGGCAUCGGAAUGGCAUCCCUCGUGGCCCUUGUACUGAUAGCAACUUGCUUGACAUGCUGGUGGAAAAGGCGGCAAAACAUUCUUCGUGCUCAGAGAAUCGCAGCGAGAGAUGCACCGUACGCAAAAGCUAGAACACAUUUCAAUCGCGAUGUACAAAUGGCUAGACAUCAGGGCCAAGAACAUGCCAAGACGGCAGCUGAGAACGGGCCAAGCUUGCUGGCAUAACUGACCAGCAACGUACGUGUAUGCGUGCAUUUGUAUUUUCGUGCGAUUAUGUGAAUACGUGGAAGCCUUGGCAUGCCACAACAUGAAAUUAUACGUCCUACUUUGAGGAGGAGCUCAUUGCAGUUUGCAAUCUGCGGAAGAGUCUCAGUUAAAAGAGGUGAUCACUCUUUGAUGGAAGAAGUGUGUAUAUUACUGUAGUUAAUUUCUGAUAAUGAAUAUAUAAAUAUAUAUUUUAGACCAAAUCAACAGUAUUGGUAACUUAAUUCAGAUGAACCAUCAAAAUCGUACUCUUGUUCGCUGCCGUAUUUAUAAUUUAUUCCUCCACUGUCGUCUUUUCA